AUGACGGAUUCCGGUGGAUUUAUGCCGACACUUAAGAGAUCUACAACCACGGUUCCAAGGAGCUUUGCCAACCCGAUUUUGUAUUCGAGCUCCUCGGCCAAAGUGGCCAAACCUUCUCCAACAGAGAAGAAGCUAAGAUGCACGCUUGAGGAGCUAUGCAACGGAUGUACCAAGAAGAUCAAGAUCAAGAGAGAUGUUAUUACCAGCUCAGGGCAAAUGAGUGAGGAGGAAGAGAUGGUGGAAAUAAAAGUGAAACCAGGAUGGAAAGGAGGAACAAAAGUAACAUUCGAAGGCAAAGGAAACGAAGCAAUGGGGAGUACCGUACCGGCUGAUUUGAUAUUCGUGAUAGUUGAGAAAGAGCAUGAGGUGUUUAAAAGAGAAGGAGAUGACCUCGAAAUGGAUGUGGAAGUCUCUCUCGUCGAAGCAUUAACGGGAUGCGAGCUUUCUGUUGCUUUACUUGAUGGUGACAAUAUGAGUUUGAAGAUAGAAGAUGUGAUUCACCCUGGAUAUGCUACAGUUGUUCAAGGCAAAGAUGAACAAAGGGCAGAGAUUCAUAGCAUUCUUGAAGAUUCUUCUUGA